CGUGCCUGUAAUAGUUGCCGGACAAGGAAAAUUAAAUGUGAUCGAGGAACCCCGUCCUGUCAGCCUUGUCAAACGCAUAAACGGCAAUGCAUCUACUCUCGGGAAGCAGGGAAGCCAAGGCCAUCUGCUGCUGCUAUCAGCGCUCUGAAAACCAAGAUAGAAUGCUUGGAGAGUACCCUGAUACAAAUAAAGGAAGCCGACGAGACAACAAGGAAUUCUCUGCUCAAAGAAAUAACAAUAGAUGACGGUUCGGUUAGGACUUUAGGCAACGAUGCCUCAAGGGGGCCCUGUGAGAAUAAGGAGACUCGGAAUCAUAUUGAAGAUGACGAGCCUUUCACCAUCAGUCACCUCCGCAAUGAUGAUCCCGAGCAAUUUGAAAGCGUCUCAUCGGAUGACGAUCUCGACGCCUCCCCAUUUGUAUCGGCGGACGCUCAGGGCCGUGUCGGCGUCUUCGGUCCCACGUCCGGGCUACACAACAGCCCAGACACAUCUCGGAUGCAUAGACAACCGGCCCGAGAGGUGCGAAAUCUGCUAAUCGCAAAUGCUGUGCUUGAGCGCCAGAAGGAAUACGAAUUACGAGAGCGCGGGCAUUUCGACGGCAUUUCACCGGAUCUGGCUAUUCAUCUCCUGCACUUACAUUGGAAUCGCCAGCAUCAUAGCUUCCUUCUGACGUAUCGCCCAGCAUUCACGAGGGACUUGAUGUCCGGAGGCCGAUAUUAUUCGCGAUUCUUACUCAAUGCUAUCUUUGCGUCAGGCUCCAAGUUCUCGGACCGUGUAGAAUUGCGGGACGAUGAAUCCCUUCCCCAGACAGCAGGAAGUCGAUUCCUUCGCAGAUGUCAAGAGUUGCUCUACCGAGACUCGCUCCUGGAUAGUGCCUCAAUUCCAACUAUAGUGGGGCUCCUUCAUCUUGGCUCUGCAUACAUUGCUCGUGGCGAGAUGUCUAAAAGUUGGAUACAUACCGGUCUCGCCAUUCGAAUGGCCUUUGAUCUCGGGUUACAUCUGGACAUUCAGAUACCUGAUCUGGAUCCGGAAGAGAUUGAAAUUCGGCGUAGAGCAUUCUGGGCAGCAUUUAUAACAGAUAAGCUACAAUGCUUAUACCUUGGUCGACCAAUGGCAAUUCAGAUUCGUGAUAGUCACGUCUCCACCGAACUCCUCGACACGAUGGAAGAGUUAGAGUCUUGGAGCCCAUAUGUUGAUACUCAAGGCAGCUCUUAUCCACUACCGUCGAUUUCACCAAUUCCUACCUUUAGCAUUUCAGCAUUUCAGCACUUUUGUCUUCUAUCACAACUCAUGGCACGUAUCAUCAACUGUUUCUAUGUUGUUGGUGCUAGGCCAUCUAACCCGCAGCUCCACCUACAGGAGCUAGACCAUGCUCUGUCCGACUGGUACGCUAAGUUGCCAGAAUGCCUGAAGUUCGAACCGUGGUAUUCUGAUGGCGCAAUGGCCUCCAAAAGGGUGACUCCAAAUGUCAUGGUCUUGCAUAGUACUUACCAUUCAUUGGUUAUCUUACUUCAUCGCCCUUUCAUUUCCAACAGUCAUUUACGGUCUACAUCUCCGCCCGCCAGUUCGUGGAGAGCUUGUUCUACUGCAGCUGCAAGUACCACAGGUAUCAUAAACAAAUGGAGAGAAUGGUAUGCACUAUAUAAAGCACCGUACCUGCUAGGCUACUGUGCAUACGUGGCAUGCACCAUCCAUGUCAGAGAUGCAGUUUUACAGCAGGGGGGGCAAAGACAUGCCAUGCUACUAUCAACGCUGAGCAUGUUGAACGAGAUGAGUUCUAUCAACCCAGCCCUGAUGAGGUCUGAACAACUGAUAAGAAACCUAAUGCAUGUAAAUAACGUAAAA